AUGAAAUUCGGGAAGGAAUUUACUUCACAAAUGGUGCCGGAAUGGGAGGGAGCUUACAUGAACUACAGUCACCUCAAGACAAUCUUGAAAGAAGUCUUGAUUUUCCGGCGAUGGAAGCAGAAGCAAUCACCUCCAUCGCCUUUCACACCUCGGAAAAGAAACUUGUUGAAGAAAAGCACUUUUUACAGAGCUUUUAGUGGACUAACAAAUCGACACAGUAAUUACAGCAACAAUGACGAUGAAGACGAAGCGAUUCUCGUGAGUGAAAUGCAGCAGCAAGAACUACCGUCGGCGGAGGGGGAGAGUUACCAAACUUUGUUUCUCCGGUCAUCGGAGGAAGGAGCAGAGAAUGAGCUUGUGUUCUUCAGAAAACUUGAUAAUGAGUUCAACAAGGUCAUCCAUUUCUACAGAGGCAAGGUGGAGGAGGUGGUGGUGGAGGCAGAAGAUUUGAAUAAACAAAUGGAUGCUUUCAUUGCCCUUCAAAUCAAAAUCAAUGAUCCCAAUUUUCAGAGUUCAUCUCCAUCUCCAUCUUCAAAUUCAGGUUCACUGCCAUUAGAGGAGAUUCAAGAACUUGAAGGAAGACCAGAAAGGGACCAACAAAAGAGGGUUUCUUUAGAAAUUCUAAAUCACGUAAAGAUCAAUGUCAUUCCAGAAUCUGCAUUAUCCACGUUGAAAAAUAUUUUUGAUGGCACAAAAAGCGACUUAUCAUUCAGCACAGGAGAACUCAGAAACGUACAGAUGAAACUGAAACAGGCUUUUGUAGAAUUCCACAGAAAGCUUCGACUUCUGAAAAGCUACUCUUUCUUGAAUCAAUUGGGUUUCUCCAAGAUCAUGAAGAAGUAUGAUAAGAUCACAUCAAGAAACGCAUCAAAAGCUUAUCUAGAGAUGGUCGAGAAUUCUUACUUGAGCCAAUCUGAUGAGGUUGCUAAGCUCAUGGAGAGAGUCGAAGCUGCAUUUAUAAAGCACUUCGCCAAUGCAAAUCGCCGUCAAGGAAUGAGGGACUUAAGACCAAGAGCUAAAAGAGACAACCAUAGAGUAACAUUUUUUGUGGGUUGUUUCUUUGGCUGUUCAAUAGCACUUAUAGUGGCAGUCAUCCUAACGGUACAUGCUAGAGACCUUCUCCAAAGUGAAGGUCGUAACCAAUACAUGACCAACAUAUUUCCGUUAUACAGUUUGUUCGCAUACAUUGUGUUGCACAUGCUAAUGUAUGCCGCAAACAUAUAUUUUUGGAUGCGUUAUCGUGUCAAUUACGCCUUCAUUUUCGGGUUCAAGCCAAGUACGGAAUUGGGUUACAAAGAAAUCCUACUUUUAAGCUCUGGUCUAUCAGUACUCACUCUUGCAGCUGUAAUCUCAAAUCUUGAAAUGGAAAUGGAUGAAAGAACUAAAAGUUUCCAAGCUCUGACUGAAUUGGUCCCUUUAAGUCUAGUCAUUGUUGUGCUUCUGAUAACGUUUUGCCCGUUUAACAUCAUCUAUCGUACCAACCGGUUCUUUCUUAUAGUGUGUCUAUGGCACUGUGUUUGUGCUCCUUUUCACAAGGUCAAUUUCCCUGAUUUCUUCUUGGCUGAUCAGUUAACUAGCCAGGUUCAGUUAUUGAGGACUUUGGAAUUCUAUGUCUGCUACUAUGGUUGGGGAGACUUCAAGAAGAGAGAAAACAGAUGUGACCAAAGUGAUGUCUAUAAGACUUUUAAUAUACUUAUAGCCGUUAUCCCGUAUUGGUUUCGAUUCUUACAGUGUUUACGGCAAUGGUGGGAACGGAAAGAGUAUGGUCAAGCUGCAAAUGGACUCAAGUACUUGUCGACAAUUGUUGCUGUAGUCACAAGAACGAUCUAUGUUCAGAGGCCAGGAUUGGCUAUAAGAAUCAUCGCUGCAUCCAGUUCGGUUAUUGCUACAGUUUUCAACACCUACUGGGACAUGGUGAAGGAUUGGGGUCUUCUUUGUAGGAACUCCAACAACCCUUGGUUAAGAGACAAACUUAUUUUACCAAAUAAAUCGGUCUACUUUAUAGCAAUGGUACUGAAUGUGAUAUUGAGGCUUGCUUGGAUGCAAACGGUGUUAGAUUUCCACGAAACUCCUACUCUCCAUCGAAGCACAGUGAUAUUCAUAUUUGCCGGUUUGGAGAUCAUUCGUCGUGGUAUAUGGAACUUCUUCAGGUUGGAAAACGAGCACCUGAAUAAUGUAGGGAAAUUUCGAGCAUUUAAAUCGGUACCGCUGCCUUUUAGCUACGAAGACGGGGACAAGGAACUAUGAUUUGUUUCGUAUUCAAUUGCUAGUUUUGUUUUACAUACGUUUCUGAUUCAUUUUUAUUUUAAAUUGCUU